ACCCUGACUCGAUAACCGUAGGGUGGCCGCGAAUUUCUUGUACAGGUCCAUUUUGAGCAUUUACGGUGUGCUCUAAAGGUGAUCAGUAUUAUUUUGCAUUUUAUUCAGUUCUAUAAAAUACUAAGAAAAAUCAUGUGGUUUCUUUUCUCAGUGGAGGGCCCCAAAGCAAACGAUUCGUCUGAAGUCGUGGCCCAGGAAAGCAAGGCCAUGGAACUCCAAGAGUGUGACGUCCGAGGAGCAGUGGUCGCGGACAAGGGCGAGGGCGUCGUCUUGACCUCGUGGGCGGCGGAGGACCUGGGCAAAAAAGGAGACAAUUAUAUGAGUUUCGUGAAGCGCGUGAAGGCACAAGUGACGAUCGGAGGGCGCGAGGAACAGCUGACGUAUGUUGCCAAAGUCAAGAUACCCUCUUCCGACUCCUUCGGGGAGUUUUCCAACAUGGUUUUCACCAAAGAACACGAAUUCUACACGAAGCUCUUGCCGGAACUGAACGGCGUGUUGGCGGAAGCAGGACUGAAUCCCCUGAGAGUUCCCAAAUUCUACCACCACAGCAAGACCGAAGAGCGAGAGAUCCUCAUCCUGGAGGACCUCAUCGCGCGAGACUUCCUCAUGGCCGACCGCAAGAAGGGGCUCGAUAUCCCACACAUGCGUCUUGCCCUUGAGGAGUUGGGGAAAUUCCACGCCUCGUCGUACCUCUUGCAGCAGAAGACGCCUCACGAGGACCUCAUAGAGAGGCACAGGUUCCUGGGCGUCGAGUGGCUCAGCUACAGCGAUGUAGUGGCGUCCAUGGUCAAGGAACUGGAAUCGGCGGCGGCGGUGGCUGAGAGCUGCACAGGAUACGAGAACGUGGCUCGGUGGCUGAGGGAGAUCCAGCCCCGAGCCAUCGACAUGUUCGGGGAACUUUCGAAGAGUCGACCGCCUUUCCAUGUGGUCUGGCACGGCGACUGCUGGACGAACAACUUCUUAUUCAGGUACAACGCCAAGGGCGAGCCAGUCGACGUCGUGCUGCUGGACCUCCAGUGCUGCCAGAAGGGCUCCCUCGCCGCCGACCUCCAAAUGCUGAUGUCCUUGAGCAUCUCCACGCACUCCAGGAGACACAACCUCGCUCUAUUUCUGCAGGAGUACUUCUCCUCCUUCAGCGCCACCAUGUCUGCAGGAGGCCUACCCUCGCCGUUCACCCUGGAGGAGCUACGGGAGGAAUACAAUGCUAAAUUCAUGUUCGGGGCCCUCAUGGGAGCGAUGUUCAUCCCUGUCAUGGUCGGGGACGCCGAGGACGCUCCCGACUACACGCAAGUGAUCGACGACACGGAAAAGUUUUUCGACGAGCGCAGAAAACAGAUUCUGAACAUGUUGGACCGAAAUCCAUUACUAAGAGAGAGAAUGUGUGGCCUGUUCGAUGACUGUAUCGAGAAGGGCGUCGUGUCCUCGUGCUAGAGUGGUACAUAAGUUGGCUACUUUUUAUACGGAGGUUGAACGGAGAGUAUCUGAAAUGUAUCUGUUACAAAGUAUCUUUUUAUGUAGAUAUAUUUUCCUACUCUUGUUAUAAUGUAGGUAUUUUUUUAUAGUUCUUGUAACAGCAAUGAAUUCCAAAGCUAAUUUUUUAGAUAAUUGUAUUUCUAAGCAACUUUACUUUGUAGAUACAGAACAAUUCAUGAAAAUCACUCAUUCACGUAGCAUCAAAUAACUGAUAUAUAGAUAUCAAUGAAAUCGAUGAGAUUAUUCAAAAUGAAUAGCGGAGAUUUAGAUUCAAUAGGAGACCCCAGAAUGGAAAACCUCAUUUAAUUAUACUGAAAAUAUAAACAAACAGCUAUA